AUGGACCUAGUUCACCCUUCUUUUGGAAACGCCGAGGACUAUACAGGGAAGGUUUUCGUUGCUCUGGUAGCCCGGCCAUCGCUGUGCACUUACGCACAUUAUGGACUUGGCGUCGAUCUCAUAGGCGACGGCGUGCACCUGCAAUUAUCGGCCAAUGACUGGCGACAGAUCAACCACCUCAUCGAGACACCGUUCACAGUUUCGGCGCCUGCGCUCUCGACGGUGACGUCAUCUCACGUGGACACUCAAGCCUCGUUAAAAGACGACGCACCGGAGGAAUCAGCCAGUGGGCUCGGCAGCAGCACAGCAAGCAAUAUGCUCAGAAACCCAUUCUGCUUCUUGGUGCAGGUUUUCGUUGCUCUGGUAGCCCGGCCAUCGCUGUGCACUUACGCACAUUAUGGACUUGGCGCCGAUCACAUAGGCGACGGCGUGCACCUGCAAUUAUCGGUCAAUGACUGGCGACAGAUCAACCACCUCAUCGAGACACCGUUCACAGUUUCGGCGCCUGCGCUCUCGACGGUGACGUCAUCUCACGUGGACACUCAAGCCUCGUUAAAAGACGACGCACCGGAGGAAUCAGCCAGUGGGCUCGGCAGCAGCACAGCAAGCAAUAUGCUCAGAAACCCAUUCUGCUUCUUGGUGCAGGUUUUCGUUGCUCUGGUAGCCCGGCCAUCGCUGGGCACUUACGCACAUUAUGGACUUGGCGCCGAUCACAUAGGCGACGGCGUGCACCUGCAAUUAUCGGUCAAUGACUGGCGACAGAUCAACCACCUCAUCGAGACACCGUUCACAGUUUCGGCGCCUGCGCUCUCGACGGUGACGUCAUCUCACGUGGACACUCAAGCCUCGUUAAAAGACGACGCACCGGAGGAAUCAGCCAGUGGGCUCGGCAGCAGCACAGCAAGCAAUAUGCUCAGAAACCCAUUCUGCUUCUUGGUGCAGGUUUUCGUUGCUCUGGUAGCCCGGCCAUCGCUGUGCACUUACGCACAUUAUGGACUUGGCGCCGAUCACAUAGGCGACGGCGUGCACCUGCAAUUAUCGGUCAAUGACUGGCGACAGAUCAACCACCUCAUCGAGACACCGUUCACAGUUUCGGCGCCUGCGCUCUCGACGGUGACCUCAUCUCACGUGGACACUCAAGCCUCGUUAAAAUACGACGCACCGGAGGAAUCAACCGUAGGCUCGGCAGCAGCACUGCAAGCAAUAUGCUCAGAAACCCAUUAUGCUUCUUGGUGCAGGUUUUCGUUGCUCUGGUAG